UGCCAGCCAGGGAGCGAAGCACAAGUUCAGAUCUCAGACUCGAUUCCUCGCCUGCCUUGUCCAUGUUACUUCCGCCACGCUGGCCUAAAAGCUGUGUCUCUGCAUGUCGCUUUGUCUUGUUCCGUUCCAGAGCAAAUUCUUCUCGAGUCAGCACGACUUACACAGCUUUUCUUUUUGGAAGCCUUUCUCAGUUUGCCAUGUAGCGCUUACAAGCGCAGGGCCUUCCACCUUCCUCGUUCCAUUGAAUCACCUUUCAUUUCGGGAAUGAGCGUGGUCUAUUCAGAUGUUCUUGGGAAAACAUUAUGAUGUUUAACAAUCUUUUCAUCACGUUUUGGAAACGUUUUUGUUUAAAAUGUUUAAAACUAGGCUGGGCACAUCCCUGGGGGAUGUAGGUUGGGAGAUGGUUUCUAGAUGGUUUCUAAUGGGGGGGGGGUUCAUUUCACAUUAAUGUGAUUCUACAUAAGAAUGCAGCCUUGUCUUUGAUGGUGCAGUGUAGCUAUGUGUAUCGAUGGGGCUGGGUUGACUUUUUGUUCCCUUGGCAGUGUCUUGGACAGCCCCAGCAGACUGGAUGAGGAGCACAGACUGAUCGCCCGAUAUGCUGCCAGGCUGGCUGCAGAAGCUGGAAAUGCACCACGCCCGCCUGCAGACCUGGGUUUCAGUUUUGAUGCUAAUAAACAACAAAGACAGCUGAUAGCCGAACUGGAAAACAAAAACAGAGAGAUACUGCAGGAGAUUCAGCGCCUCCGGCUGGAGCAUGAGCAAGCCUCCCAGCCGACCCCCGAGAGAGCCCAGCAGAACCCAACGUUGCUGGCAGAACUCAGGCUGCUACGGCAGAGAAAGGAUGAGCUAGAGCAGAGGAUGUCUGCACUUCAGGAGAGCCGAAGGGAGCUGAUGGUACAGCUUGAAGGACUAAUGAAACUGCUCAAGGAAGAAGAGCAAAAGCAGGCAGCUCAAGCAGCCGGCUCCCCGCGCUCCUCACCGACCCACGGAGCCAGUCACCCAAUGCCGAUGCCUGUCAGAGCCACUUCCGCUGGCUCUACCCCCACCCACACGCCGCAGGACUCCCUGGCAGGAGUCGGGGGAGAGGUGCAGGAAGCUUUUGCACAAGGUACAAGGAGAAACCUCCAUAACGAUUUACUGGUAGCAGCGGAUUCAAUUACAAAUACAAUGUCAUCUUUGGUGAAGGAGCUUCAUUCGGCCGAGGAAGGAGCCGACGAUGAAGAGGAAAAGCUGCCGAAUGGGAAGGACAGAGGUAAAAGGAGAGCUUAGCUGCCUGUGCUUUCCCCCAUGUCGCUCUGUGCCUGUCUGCAAUUCCCCGCAGCCGUGACCCAGCGCCGCAGAGGCCUUGGACCAGCUUGGAGUGAGGCAGUGUAAGGGACACCUGCCCCAGACACCCAGCUGGGCCCAGCAGGCUUCUCUCUGCUCCUGUCGGCCACAUGAAAUGUUUCCUUUCCUUUUCUGCCUGGGCUUGGGACCUGGCCGCGCUGCGGGUUCCGAGGCCCCGGGACACGGGUGUUUCCGUAUUGUCUGUCCGCAGCUGGCCACACCCAGGGGGCGCGCAGCGAGGGGGCUGCCCUGAGGGCACGAGAGGGAUGAGAGCGACUUGUGUGAGGUUGAGAAUAGGGCAUGGAGGCCGAGCGGUGGGGGAAGCGCUGCUGCCCGUGAGGGGAAGCGCAGAAGCCUUGUUGGCUGAGGCAUUUAGGACGUGUCUGAACACAGGACUCUGCAGCAUUCUGCACAGGUGGCAGAGUGGGGCCUUCCAAUAGCUCCCUUCCCAUCUCCAGUCCCGCGGCUCUAAGUGUAGAAAAUACAACCCCCCCCCCCCAGCUCUUCCUGUGGUGUGAGAGGCUGGGAAGUAACAUGGGCCACUGUUGUGCGGGUGAACUCGCCACUCCUGGGCAGGGGCUCGGCGCAGAGAGCGCCCAGCGGAGCGUGUGGGGUGGAAUAGCAGUCAGUUUGGGGGCUCGCCCGUCCCCCCCUCAGAUUACUGACCAGAAACCCCCUUGC